AUGGUGAAGCUGACUAUGAUAGCACGUGUCACUGAUGGCCUUCCAUUGUCGGAGGGAUUAGAUGAUGGUCGGGAUCUCAAGGAUGCUGACUUCUACAAGCAGCAAGCAAAACUGUUGUUCAAGAACUUGUCAAAAGGGCAGCAUGAGGCAUCAAGGAUGUCAAUUGAGACUGGACCAUACCUUUUCCAGUAUCCUAAAUCUUUACUCAUUCACAAUAUUCUUUGUUCCACAAUUUCUCAUUUGGAAAUAGGCCGUGUGUGCUAUUUGACUCUGUGUGAUCGUUCUUAUCCCAAGAAACUUGCAUUCCAAUAUCUCGAAGAUCUCAAAAACGAAUUUGAGAAAGUCAAUGGCAGCCAUAUUGAAACUGCUGCAAGGCCAUAUGCAUUUAUUAAAUUUGAUGCAUUCAUACAGAAGACCAAGAAACUUUAUUUGGAUUCCAGAACGCAGAGGAACCUUGCCAAGCUGAAUGAUGAGCUCUAUGAGGUGCACCAGAUCAUGACUCGCAAUGUUCAAGAAGUUCUCGGUGUUGGUGAAAAACUAGACCAGGUGAGUGAAAUGUCCAGUAGGUUGACCUCUGACACUAGAAUUUAUGCAGAUAAGGCGAAAGAUCUCAAUCGCCAGGCCUUAAUUCGUAAGUAUGCCCCCGUUGCUAUUGUGAUUGGGAUAGUACUGAUGCUCUUUUGGCUGAAGAACAAGAUAUGGUGA